GCCUUUAGUUGGACGAUUGCAAUGGCUCAUCUACUCAAAAACCUCACCAAUAGUAUCUGGCAUGCAUUUCACGCUCUACAGGCCGAUGCCACCAACACGGUCGCCAAAUCCAAGUUAAAGGUAUUGACAGCCAACAUUGGUACCUUGAUGGAUUUGUAUGGCGUAGAAAAAGGCCUGGAGCAUUACCGGAGUACGCAAAGUUUAACGUUCGAUCAAUACAUCUAUUAUUUACAGAAAGAAGUGUUCUCUUCUGUAACUGACGCUACCUCGAUACAAACAUUGAAGACAAUGGAAGAAGGGGUAGAUGAAAUUUGCUGGCUGGUUUGUAAAAAGAUCUAUCUGGAGAGAUCCCAUUCAGUUUUUAAUGAUCAUAGUGUUUACCAAUUGUUCAGAAUUUACUGUCUGCUGGCCGAGACGGAUUCAGAUGCAACAGAUUCUUAUCUGGUGAUAAUGCAUGGCGACGAGGUAGCGCGAAUCGCUUCCCAUCUAGUAAUAUCAUUGGGUCUACAAUGGGAUGCGGCAGAUUUCUCAGCUUUAUCAGUGGCUAUUGGAACAUUUAGGUUUCCCACAUUUCUGGCAGUUUUGGAAUCCAAAUAUAGUGGUGGUAAUACUUUGGACGUUAUGGCGUUAUCAGAGGCGAUUGACGAUCUCUACCAGAUUUACAUAGAAAAUGUGGUGAAAAAGGGCUAUUUAAUGAAGAAAGGUUUCUUGCUGCCAACAUUACGAUAUUUUUGGUUUAUCCUGCGUCCCGGUGAAUUGACAUAUUACAAAGAUCCCCAACAAAAAGAACCGUCCGGAUUAAUACUGCUGAACGCUAAUUGUUGGGCCGAUACUGUGACAAAUGGUGGAAAACCCGAUAGAAGAUUCGUGCUUAGCACUCCCGAACAUAGAUGCAUAGAGCUAAUGGCAGAGGAUCACAAAGGCAGGCUCCAAUGGCUCGCGGCAUUACAAACAGCCAUUCAGCAUUCGAGCGAGAAGAUCGGUUAUCAGAGAAGUUUAGCUAAUCAACGAAGAUCCUUGCGACAAGCUAUUAAACAGGAAAAAGAAGAGACCAAGUUGGAACUUCAGCACGAGAGGCAAGCUAGAAUCGCCGCCGAAAUACAAGCUCGGAAAUUGGAAACUCUAUCGAAGGAGGAAGGUGCUAAAGUUCAACAACUAGAAGAUGUUAAACAAAAAUUAGAAUUGCUGCUACAAGAAGAAAAACAGGCUCUACGCGAUGAGGAAAUAGUACGAAGUUUACAAGCGAGAGUAUUACGCGAAGAAUGGGAGAAAAGAGAGCAAUUAGAGAGACUGCAGCAGGAGCAGCAAGAAUUGCUAGAGAUGGAGAAGAUGAAAAGAAUGGAAUUUGAACAGAUGCAGAAGCAAAACGAGCAGCAGUUACAAAAUGCUGAACUACGACUUCAGCACCUGGAAGCGGAAAGGGAGCAUUUGGAUACGGAGUUGCGAGCUGCACGCGAAAAGGUGAAACGUGCGGAAGAAGCUCAAUUUUUAUUGGAAGCACAAAUCGUCACACGUCCCUUGAGAGGAAGUGAGAGGAUUCGACGUACUCAAAGCUUUAUACCGACAACAAAAGAACGACCGUUGUCCAUAGAGAAAAUUGACAGCAGGUCUAUGACAAUACAGAAGAAUAUAUGACAUAGAUAGCUAAAAGAUCGAUACUCUUAUCGCCCGAAUUGCAUUUAAGUCUUCCACCAAAUAGAGUGACACAAAAAACCUAUAGAAUCUAUUAUACUGUUGCAGAACAACUAUAUUAUAUUUUCAUAAAGAAUGUAAGAAAAUUCCAUGCGAAUUCGAUAGUACCUUAUUCUUGAUGUCUUGCUUUAUUCGCAAUCUUA